AUGUUUAUUUGUUGUGGGAAGAAAUAAAAAAUUGAAAUUGCUAACUUAAGAUCAUAGCCAUUACAAAGUGUAAAAAUGUAAUUGUAGGAGGAUAGUAUCGAUGCCAAAUUUGAAUUUCACUUAGAUGUAUAUUAUUAACUUAAAUAUAGAAAUUUUAAUGGAAAUUGAUUAGAGAUGCAACAGGAGAAGAAUUGGUUAGAUAAUAAUAGAAAUAGAAAGAGAAGGAGAGAUUGAAAUUAGAAUAAUAACAAAAGUUAUAAAAGGAAGAUGAAGAAUUGUAAAGGUUAUAAAGUUAAAUUGAAUAACAAACAUUUGUUUAAAAAGAAAAGAAGUAAUUACAUGAUUAAUUGAAUGAUCUUUUCACAAAAUUGAAAAAGGAUUAUUUGAUAACUUAAAUUAAGAAUGAAUUACUUAAAAAAAUGAUAGAAGAUGAUAAAAAAUAGAUGGGUGAGAUUACAAACUAUGAAUUUUCUAAAAGUUGA